AUGAGUACCGGCUCUCUUCCACCCAUGCCACCUUCGCCCGGCUUUGGAUUGCGUCGCAAGGGCCUCAAAGCUCCCCCACGUCUGCCAAUGUCUGCGUUCUCACCACCAAAUUCGGGGACUUCAGAGAGAUUCCCUCUGCCAGCGAGCCCAAGCGCGCUACAUCCAGAGAAAGUCCUCGACGCCCAUGUUAUCAUAUCCGAUGACGACGCGAAUUUGGACAAUUGGAAGAAGGCAGCAGGUCCAGCAAUGGGCGAACGUAUAGAUGGCGUCGUCGUGUCCUUGGAGAAGGUGGCCGACGUCCAGAAAACAUUGUCCGAAGUGACCUCGGCAGAUAAGAAUGGUUCCGUCGUCUCCGUGGUUGUGCCAUUCCGCCUUGGAGAUCCAAUACCAUCAGAGCCGCCUGUUUACCUCUCAUCAUCAUCGAUUCCUAUCACAUUGACGACUGUUUACACUCAAUCAUCUCCUGAAGCAAGCGCGAGUCUGCGAUGGGCGCUGGAGCAAGGCCGCCCAGUUGACAUAGACUUACAAGUCACGUUGUCGGAAACAUCAUUCGAAGCCUUCGAAGAUCUGCUAACAAAAAGUACGGCGGAAUUAUCAAAAAUACCGCCCAUCAUGAUUCGGAACUUUCUUCCACCUCCGGAUAACAUCGAUUUGCCAAUCGUCAAGUUGAUGAAUCAUCCUAGUUACUUGGCCUACCAAAGUCAGACUGCUGCCUUAUCCCUCUUCCCCGACUUGCGUAUCAAGUUCUUGCCGCCAUCAUGGAAUGCGGCGACGCCAAAUUCCCCUCCUCCCGGUGCCACAUUCUCCGAACAGGAUAGCAAGCAGACUAAAGAGUGGAAACGCCGAAUUAAGAUGUACUUGAGCCCUGUUGUGGAGGCUUUUGGCUACGAGCGCAUCAUAUUUGGUUCCUCACCAUCUACGUCGUCUCCAAACCCAUCAAAUGUGGGAGAUUGGUACGAACUGGCAAGAGAAUCACUAGCUGAGCUGGGCGUUGAACAAGAGGCAAUUGAUGCUGUUUUCGCUUUGAACGCUCGAAAGGUGUACCAGUCUUGA